AUGGCCCAGCACCGGAAAUCCCGCCCCGGAAGUAGAGUGCGGAGCCCGGAGAGGGGUCGAGCCCGUGGCCCAGACGCUGCCCCGCCUCUUCCGCUGCGGAUCCCGUCACUUCCGCUCCACUGGGCAGAGCUUGGAGCGUGGCGAGUGGCCAUGGCUCCUGGGGUGGCUCCGCGGGCCCGGCGAAGAGUCCGGGGGACGCCGCUGGCCGGGGCGCCGGCCCGCUCGGCAGAGGACUGGUGGUGGGAUCGGCUGGCGCCGAGCGGCUCCGGGUACCACUUGCUGCAGGCGGACAGCAUGCUGCUGGUGCUACCCACCCUGGGGCCCGCCCGCGCCCGCGCGCAGAGGCGCGCCGCCCGCCGCGGUCGGCGGCUGCGGCCCCCGGCGUCCCGCCCCGCUGAGGCCAAAGCCAAGCCCAGGACCUCACCCGCGCCCGCUCCGCAGCAGGGGCCCGACCCGGGCUGGGGCGACCGCAUCCCCUUGGAAAUCCUGCUGCGGAUUUUCGGGCUGUUGGUGGAGGCGAAUGGGCCCAUGCCCUUCCUUGGCAGGGCUGCACGCGUGUGCCGCCGCUGGCACGAGGCCGCCUCCCAGCCCGCGCUCUGGCACACCCUGACUCUGUCACCCCCGCUGGCGGGCCGCCCUGCCAAAGGCGGAGCCAAGGCUGAGAAGAAGCUCCUUGCUUCCCUUGAGUGGCUUAUCCCCAAUCGGUUCUCACAGCUCCAGAGGCUGACUCUCAUCCACUGGAAGUCCCAGGUACACCCUGUGUUGAAGCUGGUUAGUGAGUCCUGUCCUCGGCUCACCUUCCUCAAGCUCUCGGAUUGCCACAGUGUGACCCCCAACACUCUGAUCAUGCUAGCCAAAGCCUGCCCCCAGCUCCACAGCCUGGACGUACAACAUUCCAUGGUGGAGUCCACGGCUGUGGUGAGCUUCUUGGAGGAGGCAGGGCCCCGAAUGCGGAAGCUGUGGCUGACCUACAGCUCCCAGACAACAGCCAUCUUGGGUGCACUGCUGGGCAGCUGCUGCCCACAGCUUCAGGUCCUGGAGGUGAGCACCGGCAUCAACCACAACAUCACUCCCCUCCAACUUCCUGUAGAGGCUCUGCAGAAAGGCUGCCCCCAGCUGCAGGUGCUGCGGCUUCUGAACCUGAUGUGGCUGCCCAAGCCUUCGGGGCGAGCAGUGACUCCUGGCCCGGGCUUCCCCAGCCUGGAGGAGCUCUGCCUUGCCAGCUCCACCUGCAACUUCGUGAGCAAUGAGGUCCUAGACCGCCUGCUCCACGGCUCCCCUAACCUGCGCUUGUUGGACCUUCGCGGCUGUGCCCGAAUCACGCCUGCUGGCCUGCAUGAUCUGCCGUGUCAGGAGCUGGAGCAGCUUCACUUGGGCCUGUAUGGCAUGUCAGACCGGCUGACUCUAGCCAAGGAGGGCAGCCCUCUGUUGACCCAGAAGUGGUGCCACACUCUGCAGGAACUGGACUUAAGUGGCCAGGGCUUCAGCGAGAAGGACCUGGAGCAGGCCUUAGCCGCCUUCUCAGGCACCCCUGAGGGCUCACACCCAGCCCUGUGCUCCCUCAACCUCAGGGGCACCCAGGUCACACCAAGCACAGUCAGCUCUGUGAUCAGCAGUUGCCCGGGUCUGCUGUACCUCAACCUGGAGUCCUGCCGCUGCCUGCCCCGGGGCCUGAAGCGGGCCUAUAGGGGCCCAGGGGAAGUCCAGUGGUGCCUGGAGCAGCUGCUAACCAGCCUCCCCUCUGUCAGCUAGGCAGCUCCGGACUCUUCGGCUGGCCAGCCCUGCCCUGCACCCUUUCCCAGUUUUGAAUGUUUGAGCGUUAUAAUAAAACAUUUUUAGGAA